AUGAAGAAGGGAACUAAGAGAAAGGCUGCUCAAGCGACCCGUAAGGAUGAAAAAGCUUCUACUUCAACAGAACCUGUCACUCUCGAUCCCAGCCAGGGGCUCUGCCCCUUGGACCCCGCCAGGGGCUGCCGCCCCUUGGACCCCGGACCCCCAUCAUUUUUAGUCAACAAAGUAAUCCCAUUACACUUAAAUAACAUUGAUGAUAACAAAUCACCAACAGUCACCACCAUUGAAGAACAACACCAACAACAGAAUAAGGAACACGACAAAAUUGGUCGACCAACAAAACGCUCAAAGGUUUCGAAGCCUCUUGAACCGGAGCCUGAGUUCUUCGACGAACAACGUGAACUGGAGGACUUAUGGAAGCAGGUUUUCCCUGUUGGAACAGAGUGGGAGCUGCUUGACUUGCUUUCUGAAUACAAGUGGAAUUUCUCAAAUCUUGAAGAUGCAUUUGAAGAGGGUGGGGUAUUACAUGGGAAAAAAGUCUACCUCUUCAGUUGUACAGAGUCAGGUGGUAAAUCAAGAGUAAUCUUAAUACCUACAGUGGUUGCUGUUGUAUCUCCAUUUCCACCUUCUGAUAAGAUUGGAGUUAAAUCUGUACAAAGAGAGAAAGAAGCAAUUCUUGACAUGAAACGAAUGAAAAUGGAUUGGGUUCCAUAUAUUCCAUUAGGAAAAUGGGCUGGUUUAAAACAACUGGAUGAAUAUAUCGUGUCAAGGAUUUCGGAUAUUGCUUACCAUGUAAACUUUUAUCAUCCUUUUAAGGAUGAUGAUACAGAACAAAGUACUAUUGUGAACAUCAUAUAUUCCACAGAUCAAAAGCCUGUUGUCUGUGAGUUUGAUUGGGAGCUGGAUGAACUUGAGGAAUUCACUGAUGACCUCAUUAAAGCAGAGGAGAUGUCUGAAGAUCAGAAGGAUGCCUUUAAGGAAUUUGUCAAGGAAAAGGUUCGAGAAGGAAAGAGAGCUAAUCGUGAGGUAAGGGAAAAGAGGAAGAAUAUUCGAGAGUCAAUGAGUGAAGAGCAAAAGGCUGCAUUUCACAACAUUCAGUUUUAUAAAUUCUACCCUCUUAACACACCCAACACCCAAGAUUCCGAGUGUUUAAAGAUGAUCAACAGCAUAUGUUUAUCAUCACCGUUUAGUGAUAUUUGUUAA